CCCAGGCCAGGCACCGCUCCCAAAACCUCACGAGCAAGCGCGCGCGGCCACGAACACCAUACGCGCUGCUCGCUCCCUGUCCCGGCCGUCGCCGCGCGAGGCGGAGAAAAGAGAGUGCGGAUCGCCGAUCCAUGAAGGAGGCACUCGCGCUCGUGGGCAGCGCAAGGCGGCUGUCCGCGCCGGAGGAGGAUGAGCUGCUGGGCCUCCUCGCGGGCUUCCCCGACGAAGACGGCGGCGGCGGCGGCGGCUCCGACCGCGAGCUCUCCUUCUCCGACCUCGUCGAGGCCGGCGCCAGGCAGGCGAUCGCGGACGCGGACCUCGGCGCCGCCAAGGCGCCGUGCGGGGAUCGCCCUUGGGCGGCCGUGGCGCUGCCGUCGUCGCAUGAGGCCGCGGGCGCUGCGGCAUCCAAGCAGCCGGCGGCGAGGCAGAGGGCGGCGCGGCGGAGCGGCGGCAGCAGGGGCAGCUGCGGCGGAGGCGGCGACGGCGUGCUGCUCAACUUCUACGUGCCGGGGCUUCUCACCAGGAGCAUGACCGCGCCGAGGCCCAGCCGCGGGCCGCCGUCGCCCGGGGCCGUGCAGGGCGCGCCGGCGAAGCCUGUUGCCGCCGCCGGAAAAGCCAGCAGCAGCAGGACGCAGACGGCCCAGGGCAUCGGUUGCUGGCCGGCGCUGUGGGGACGCGGGCGCCGGCCAGCCAAGGCCUGCAGCUGAAGCUGAGAGACGACCGCCGUCGCGCGCCACCAAUCGGAGUCCGGACUCCGGAGAAGCAAGCUUGCUUUCUUUCUUUCAUGAGCUUUCGUUCUUGAAUCUACAGCAGUCUACAACCGACCUCAGACCCCCUGCUACCUGCACCUCUGUAAAAUAACGCCGUCGCCGUCGUCGCCAUCUCCCUUUCUGGUGUGCGUGUGACGCAGCGAUCUCUGUCGCAGCUCUUGACGUCUGAACCGUAGCUCCUCCCGCUUUGAGCCGGCGCGGGGCGCGGGCCUCACGUUCCAGCUGCCGCAUUGCACGUGUUCAGAGAAAGCGAACAGAACAGAACAAAACCCGACCCAGACCCUGAAGAGUCUGAAUGAGUGGCCCAUGGCCAGUGAGACGCGCUGCUGCUGGCAAAUCAGAGGAGGUGCAGUGUAGGCAUCGGGGGGAAAAAUGUCUUCUUGGGCUCGUGCUGCGGCUUCGUGCUUGUCAAUCGUCUUACUACUGUUAA